UACUAUGGCUGAAUCACUAAGGGAAGUUUCUAGCAGUCUGGAAGUUCUGGAGGCCAGUGAUGAGAGAAAGAAGAAAUCCAAAUUUAAAGUCUUCAAGAGCUUUUUUGGCAAGAAGAAGAAAAAAGAGCCUGAAGGUGCCCAGGGAGAGAGGAGACUAAGACCAAGUUUGUCCAGCGGCAAUGUUGGCGUCUCUUCUCUGAAGCCAGUUCAGGAGAGCCGACAAACUGUGCCCAGAGCGAAGUGCAGCAUGGGGAUCAAAGCCCUCUCCCAUGACAGCAUCUUCAUGUUGGAGCCUGAGCCUGAAAGAUCAGCAAGAAAAUUAUACCCCUCUCCGGAGCCCCAGAGAGGCAGACCUCUGCAGAGAUCUCAUGUUUCCAGAACUCUGCCUAGAACUGGGACCGGUAGUGUGCGUGGAGCUAUUCCUGGAGCUGUGUUUGGAGCUAUGCCCCGAUAUGCACCCAGAAGUGGAAUCUGGGUUCAAGGAUCCAGGAUUACUGAGAUCCCACCACUGCGCCCACGCCAACCCAGCAUCAGCCCACCUCUUAUCCCAUCUCACUCAAUCUCUAAGGACUUUGAAGAAAUCUCUGCUGAUGAUGAGUCAUCUAAGAUCCCAAAAAAGAAGGCUUCACCACACAAGAUUUUGACAUUGAAGAAGAGCUCCUUUGAGCCCUCAUCUGGACCUGUUCUCUCACAGUCUUUCACCACAUUUGCCGUGCUUGCCUCUCCCAGCAGCACUCAGCUGCCUCUUGGUUUCAGCACCCCAGCCACCACCCAGGGCUGUUUGGAUUCUUCAGCUGCUCGACACAAGAUGGCUUUAAACCCCCGGAAACUAAAGAAGAAGGACCUUCAAGCGGCUAUUUAUGGCCUUGCAGUGUGGUUCAGUGGUUUCCAGGGUGUUUUAGAGAGUUCCCUGCAGCAUAUCAUUCAGAGAUCAGAAACUUCCAAUCGAGGCGAACUACUUCCAAUAGAACCAAAGCAGGAUGAGCCAAGCCUUCUACUGGUUUUUGAAGAAGAGAAGAGUACAAACAAACCAAAAGAAGCUGACCAAAAGAAGCCAAAUGAUGACAGUGCAGGUCCCUCAAGCCGGGAACAGAGAAACAAAACUGAGAUUUAUGAGAAGGAGACAGCAGAUCAGGCUGCAAACACAGAUGCUGCUGAGAGUCAGGGCUGCCCAUUGUCAGCAGUGUAUAGAGGGCAACAUGUAAGAAAAGGGUCAAGUGCUUCAGUAAUGAGUGAGUGUGGUCCCAGAGGAAGAAGCUUGAAACAAUCCAGUCGUGGGCUUGGCCUAGAUGAUAGAGCUGGAUCCCCAGCUGAUGAUAACACUGCCAGGGAAUGCCCUCCCUGGCACCUGUCCUUGGAGAAGCUAGUUGUGGAGCAGCCCAUAACUCCACAAGCGGAAACCACAACUUUUCAGGAGUUGCUUUCAGAUAAAGAUGACAUGGGAAGGAGAAAUUCCGGUAUAGAUUUUGAAGCCAGCAAAGCAUCAGCAUCACAACCCAUACCUGAAGACAUGGAAGAGUCCAUAGUUAGUGGUCCAUCACCACACCAUGAAGAUGGGGCCUCAGGAGCUAAGAAGACAGAAGCCAGAGCUUCUCUUUUACCAGUGGUGGAAAGCCUUUCUACAACUGAAGAAGAUGUCCUUUUCUCAGUGGCAGUGAAGGAUCGAGUAUUUAUGGAUCCUUCUCAUAUUCAGUCAGAAGAGGAGGAAGCUUCCAGCUUUGACUUGCAAAGCAUCCAAUUUAAAAUGGAGUCAGCUCAAGAUAUCCCAACUAUCUGCAAAGAAAAACCUCCUAGAAAUGUUCUCCAGGCCUUCACAGCAAGCAUUUGGGGUAUGGCAAGUGCUUUGGCAGAGGGAGGCAUUUCUGUAGAGAGGCUGCCUCCCAGAAGUCUUUCCCAGUCUUUGGGGAAGCCCAAAGCUGAAGAAGUCUCCUCAGAGAGCACUUCAGAGGCGGGGAGUGGUUCUGAGCAGCAGCUGGCUCCCAGAUACUCUUUCCAGUCCUUAGGGAAGCCCGAAGAUGAACAAGAAGGCUUUGCAGCAUCAGAUGGUCCAGCUGUAGAACUGAGCAGUUCUGAGCAGCAGCAACUGCCUCCUAGAUAUUCUUCCCAGUCCUUGGGGAAGCCCGAAGCUGAAGAAGUCUCCUCAGAUUCAGAGAGUGCUUCAGAGGAGAGGAGUGGUUCUGAACAGCAGCUGGAUCCCAGACACUCUUUCCAUUUCUUGGAGAAGCCCGAAAACAACCAAGAAGUCUUCACAGAAUCAAAAAGUUUUGUUGUGGAAUUGAGCGGUUCUAAUGAGCAGCUGGCUCCCAGAUGCGCUUCCAGGGCUUUGAGGGAGCCUGGAGAAGUCUCCACAGAGUCAAAUAGUUAUGUUGAAAAGGACAAUAGUGCUGAGGAUUGGGGCAGCUCUGAGGAAGAUCUGCCUCCCAGACACCCUUCCCAGGCCUUGGGGAAGCCCAAAGACCAACAAGAAGUCUCCUCAGUUGCAAAGAACACACCUGAGGAGUGGAAUGUUUCUGUGACGCAGAUUCCUCCCAGACACCCUUCUCGGCACUUUGUGAGGCCGAUUGUUCAGCAGCAGGUCUCCUCAGGUUCAAUGAGUGCUUCUGUAGAAUGGAGCGGUUCUGUGGAAGCGAUGCCUCCCAGGCACCCUUUCCAGCCCUGGGUGAGCCCUAAAUUUGAGCAACAAGCAAGUCCAGAGAGCAUUGCUGUUGAGUGGGGCAUUUCUACGGAGCCGCUGCCUCCCAGAAUGCCUUCUAAGCACCUGAUGAGGCCUAAAGUUGGGCAACCCGUCUCCUCAAAUCCAGAAAUUGCUGCUAUUGAAGGGGUCAAUUCUAUGGACCUGCUGCCUCCAAGGCAUCAUUCUCAGCCCCCGAUUAAACCAAUAGCCAAGCAAGAAAUCUCUGCAGGUCCAGAGAGCACAGCUGUUGAGGAGAGCAUUUCUAUGGAGCCACUGCCUCCCACAAUGCCUUCUCAGCCCCUGAUGAAACCAGUAGUCAACCAACCAAUCUCUGCAGGUCCAGAGAGUGUUGCCAUUGAAGGGGGUGCUUCUACAGAGCAACUGUCUCCCAGACAUCUUUCCCAGUCCUUUGUGAGACAUAAAGUCCAGCAAAUGUCAAGUUUUGAGAGUGCUGCUGUUGAGGGGGAUAUUUCUGGAAGGCCACUGCCUUCUGAACAUCCUACUCAGUUCUUAAUGAGGUAUAAAGUUCAGGAAAUGUCCUCAUGUGUCGAGAACACUGCUGUUGAAGGAGGCAUGUCUAAGAAAUCGCUGCGUCCCAGGCAUCCUUCCAAGUCAUUUGUGAAGUUUAUGGCACAGCAAAUCUUUUCAGAGAGCCCUGCUAUUGAGGGGGAAAGUUAUGUGGAUCCUCUGUCUUCAAAUCAACCUUCCAAAUCUUUGUUGAGGCCUAAAGUUGAGCACCAAGUUUUCGCAGGUUGGGAGAGUGCCAGUAACGAGGGAGGCAUUUCUUUGAAGCUACUUCCUACGAAACACCCUUUGCAGUCCUUGGGGAGGCCUGAAGACCGGCAAGAAGUUUUCUCACAUUCAGAGAGGGCUCCUGUGAAGUGCAGCGGUUUUAAAGUGCGGCUGCCUCCCAGGCACGUUUCCCAGGCAUUGGGGAAGCUGGAGUACCGGCAAGAAGUCUACUCAGUUUCUGAGAGCUCCACUGAAGAACGGAGUUCUGAAGAGCAGCUGCUGUCCAGAUGCCCUUUCCAAGCCGAGGAUGUGGCUGAAUUCCAGCCACAGAUUUCCUCAACAGGCUCAGUGAGUGUACCUGUAGAGUGGAACAGUUCUGAGAAACCCCUGCCUCCGAGGCACCCUUUUCAGGCUUUUGCAGAUCCUGAAUAUCAGCAACAGGUUUAUUCCAGUUCCGUGAGUGCUGCUGCUGAGGGAACCAUUUCUGAGUGCAAUUCUAGCAACUGGUCCCUACCAAGAGGCCCAGCUUCUCCAAACAAAACCAAGAAACACAGCCAAGGCUCUGAAGACCUCAUUAAGAACAUGCCAGCUACUGCUACCAAACCUGUGAAGUUCACCAUUGCUUCUGCCUGGCAAACAUCCACUUCAGGGGACACUUACUCUAAGGAGGAAGUUCUUCAGAGUGGUAAUCGAAAUAUCAGCCAUUCGAAUUUAUCUGCCAACGGGGCUGAUGUUGAAAAUCUUUUUGGAGUCCGACUGAGAAGAGUCCCUUCCUCACAGAAGUACAAGAAUGAGAAACAAGAUGAUUUUACCAAGCUUCCUUCACUCUCUUUGGGCCCAAUUUCAUCUUCCAUAGGUAGAGGACAGCCAAUCAAAAGAAGCACCUCCCAGGGGCUCCUGGGCACCACAGAGAACCUCACCACAAUAUCUGACUUUGGAAAGAAGCAACGGAGCAGGCCCAAAUCUGAAAGCAUGGCCAAGAAGGAACUGGCUUACAAGAUCCCAGGAAAGGCUCCUGAUCGACAGUCAGAUUAUACCACCUCAGAGCCAGCUUGGAUAACCAUGGUGAAGCAGAGGCAAAGGAGUUUCCAGGCCCACAUUCCUAUGAAAGAGCCAAAAACCAAGAAUAGAGCUGAAGCCAAGGCUGAGACUAAGGAGCCUAGAUAUGGGGGAACUGGCAUUGCAAAUGAAAAACAACCAAGAAGGAAUUUCACUUCUAAUGUCAAUAGACAGGAGAAGAUGACACAGAUGAAGCUACCUAAGUCUACCAAAGCAGGAUUUGAAGAUCCGAAGAUAUUUCAAGUGCCUGCCAUGGGAAAAGAAACCAGACGAUCUUCAACUCUCCCAGCAGUGCUCCAAGAGCCAGUUGAGCCGGUUGAGCUGGUUGAGCCAUUGGAUCCAGUUGAGCUGGUUGAGCCGGUUGAGCCAAUCUGGUUCUCUCUGGCCAAGAAGAAAGCCAAAGCAUGGAGCCACAUAGCAGAAAUCAUGCAAUAAAUAGCUCCUGGGUGGAGCAUCAGCAUUUCAAAUGAUAACUGCCAAUAGGUGUAUUAAUGCCACAUAGUCACUCUUUUACCGUAACCAUUUUUUAUUAAGCAAAACAGCCUUAGAAAUGGGAAUUAAAGCUAAUAAUUAUUUGAAUGAAACAAAUGCCAUGAAUGCCUAAUCUUCAGUAGUCAUUGCCAGCAUCUGAAAACCCAGCAUUUCCUCUGUGAAACUAUGUAAAAUGUUUGCACUGCUGUAGAACUGGGAAAUCUUUAACUUUGGACAAUGUGCUUUAGGAGGGAGAAAGCAAAAACAUUUCAUUGGAGCAACUAAGAAGUGGACAUUUCCCUUGAUCAAAUAAAUUAAUUCUAAUGGAAAUGUCCAGAUAAUUUGGCCUAAGGAUUCACUUUUAGGUUUUAUGAGCCUAGUUAAAUGCUUCAGUUCUUUGCUUGCUGCUCCAAUCUUUGCAAAGGCCCCUAGAAGAGGUGGUGGAAGUAAAAAUUCUGGGUCUCCAAGAAAAAUUUUGCACAGCUGGUCUCCUAAUCAGCACACUGCCCUUUGAAACAACCUUCUUUGUAUCCCUGGAGGACCCCAAUUCCUGCAAUACAGAGCUCUCUCUUUGCACAUGCCCCAUGUCAACCUGUUCCAGGUCUGGCAGCAGUGAGCACCUUCCUAUGAUGCAGAAUAUUUCUUGGGGAUUAUUGUACUCCUCUGGAUGGUUAGUCCAUUAGUGUUUGACCUUCUGCCCCAACAUCACUGUGACCCUCUCCACUUGCUCAGAAAUGUACUGGAUGUCAUACAUAUCCUGUUUUGUAAGCACUUAAGACCCUGUUGAAAUUCAAAAUUCUACAGAUGCCAAAAGCUGUACUUUCAAUCAGGAGAUGGGAAGCCUUCCACGAGGAAGUCUGGGGCCACUGGAGAGCUGUCUGUCCCCCUGGCUCCAGCCUUAAGUUGGAGACCUCCAUGUAGCCUAGUUUCUAGAUCCUUUCCCUCAGCAGCCUCUGUUUCACAAGAUUUUAGCCCAAAGCAAGACUACAAUCUCAAAGCCAUAGAACGAUUAACUUUCUGCUAACUGGAAGCCUUAAGUGAUUAAAUCAGCCUCUCCCUGCCCUCAUUCCUAGAGGCACACACCUCAAAAGUUACUAGGCUGGAAAGCCCCAACUUCCCCACUGAACCACUCACCCCCAAGUCCUUCCCCUUUAUUCCAUCCUCCAAACACACCAAACACUGAGAGCUCCCUUUGGAUGCCUGGACAGUAUCUAGCUCAUUUUCUUGGGAGACCCAGAAGUGUCUUCUUAGUAUACCUCUCACUGUGUCUGCCUCUGUCACCUCGGGGCUACUUUGCUUGAACAGAAAUGCAGGCCUAGACAUAACUGUGCCUUUAAAUUCUGAGUGGCAUGCUGCUUCAUGCAAAAAAAAAAAAAAAAUCAGAGACAGAGUGAGGUGCCAGAGCUUAUUUAAACCCUUGGUGCUUGGUUUUGCUGAUGAUGGUAUAAUGUGACAUUGUACAAUCAUAUGCUGAAAUUUGCGUUUUCUCUAUAAAACAUCUAUUUUUCCUGA